GGUUACUUUGUUUUGGAUAAAGUAAGAUACGAACCCUCGCAAGAGAGUGUUGGUAUUUGAGGAAAACACAGCGUUUGUUCAGUCGGCUUUGUAUCAGAUUCGUAGACGGUAAACUUUCUCUUCUCUAAAGGGUUUGGAACUUUUGAUUAAAUUUGCUUUGGUAUGGAGACGCAAGUUGAUUUUGUGCAAUGGCUUGAAACAGACAUGUCUCUGAACAUUCUGAUGCGUUUGGAUGAUCCAGCUGAUGUGGUCCGUGCUGCCUCUGUUUCAUGCCUUUGGCGUCAAUUUGUGGCUAUAAAUGGAAUUUCCAAGCAACUGUGUCUGAGAAAGUUUCCGCAGCUUUCUAGCAUUACAUGUAUAACGGAACCAGAUUUGAGAGUAGCAGAAAGAAAAGACGAGUCUAGCAAUUCCAGUUGGGAGGCUCUAAAAAGAGACCAUAUUGUUUAUGCUUCUCUACUUCAAGAUAUUGAAACAUCAAACUUAUGCCCAAGUGAUUGCAUGGGUCAGGCAGUCGGGGCUUCAAGUACGGACCGUUAUCCAUUUGAAAGUAUUGUGAAUACUCUAGCUCCAUCAAACAGAUAUGGAAUUAGUCCUUCAUAUUGGUCAAGUAUAGGGCACAGUGAUCCCAAUGCUCCCGAGACACUAAUUUACAAAUUGAAAGCUGAUCUUUGUUGUAUCACUGAAAUUAACAUACAACCUUUUGAAGUUUAUUUCCACCGAGGCAGGCCCAUAUGCUCCGCGAAAUCUGUUUGAUUUCGAUUAGGACAUCUCAAAUCCUCAAGAGAAAAGAGUUAUCUCCUGGACUUCCCCAAGCUACAGCCUGCUAAUGACAAGUUUAUAUGGACAUAUACCUCGAAAGAAUUCCAGAUGAGACAGGAAAACCGCUUGCAGCAGUUCAAGUUACCAGAACCUGUGCUUUGUAUAGGUGGAUAUCUGCAGAUUGAAUUGUUGGGCAGAGCUCAGAGAUGUGACAUCGACAACUUGUUUUACAUAUGCAUUGACUAUGUGAAAGUCAGAGGACGACCGCUCAGUCCAGCCUUUGGCGUACAGAACAUCGAACUGUCUGGGGACUUUGUGCUCGAGUACAAGAGAGUUUCUUUAAUCCAUGUUGCAGAGCUUGUCUAAUAGGAUUCAUUCAAGAUUCGAAAGUCAGAGGACGACCGCUCAGUCCAGCCUUUGGCGUACAGAACAUCGAACUGUCUGGGGACUUUGUGCUCGAGUACAAGAGAGAGUUUCUUUAAUCCAUGUUGCAGAGCUUGUCUAAUAGGAUUCAUUCAAGAUUCCAAAAACAUCCCAAUUAACUAGUGCUUGGAUUUACCUGGUGGGCUGAAUAAUGAAGGCUAUUAAAUGGACAAGAAAAAGAAUUUAGUGUGUUUUGAUAUGAAAGAGAACCUUCUCUGAUCGUUCA